AUGGCCCCCAGAACUUGGAUUGCUCAUAAAGGAACCAACGAAAAGGACUCUGCCCACAAAUUGAAGGAUGGAAAGGUAAAGAAAACUUACCAAAUACCCAAAACCAGCCACCACAAAGAAUGGGCCAGAGAAUCGCCACUUCAGCCAAAGGACACUCUCAAAACGGACACGGAUCGGACUACGCCACUGAAACAAAAUAACAAGCAAAUUAAACAAGCCAAAACAUCACCACUAGCAAAACUAUUUGAAAAAGAGGAAGAGAAAGAAAGAAAAGCAAGACAAAGGCAACAUCAGGAACUGCUGAGAAAGAAAAAGCGAGACGCAGAAUUUAAGAGAGAGCAACUUGAACAGAGAGAAAAGAUCAGGAAACAGAGAAUUCAAGCUCAGCGAGAAAGAGAAGCCAGAGAAAGAAAAGAAUACGCAGAGAAGCUCAGAAAAGAGGAAGAAGCUCUAAGCUGGUUUGAAGACCCAGGAUAUACAAAUUUGCUAGGAGCAUGGGACUCCACUUCGGAAUCAGAAAUUGAAGUUAUAAAUUUAGAGGAAAACGAUUCAGACAUUGAGGAAAUCUACUGCACAAGCCCAAAAACAAUAAAAACUAAUGAAAGGGACCCAGAGUAUGUCAGGCAAGUGUUGGAAAACAUGAGAGCCCAAGAAAAAGAGAUGAUGCAAGAAAUAAUGGAAAUAGAAUUCCAAAUAAAAGCUAUAGAAAAAGUGGACUCACCAGGACUACGAAAGGAACAGCCCAAGCCAGCGCCCGAAAACGCCAACAGUGCCACUACACUGGAAGCCGAAUCAAGAGACACGACGCCUCCAGAAAAACCAACGGAGACGGCGGAAACCAUAGAAAUACUGCAACAAAACAAAGAAGCAAAUGAAGAAAACCAUCAAACAAAGCCCACCUCGUGCAGAAAACGAGGAAAGCCAAAAAAAGAACACUGUUAG